AUGCCACGCAUUCUGGCAAGAACCCACCCUGGCUCCGACCCAAACUCGUACCCCAUCUGGAGAGGCAAAAACCCGUUUGAGGACGAGCAGGAGACGGAGAAACUAGCAGCUGCCAUCUUCAAAUCUCGAGACUAUGCCACAUACUACGCAUGGACACUAGCAGGCCUGCUGGUGCUGCACGUCAUGCGAUACCAGGGCCGCAGGCUGCUGGCACUGCUACAGAAGAAAGAACACAACAACAGAAAGAAGUCGCUGUUUGGACGACUACGCAUCUUCCACAAAAUCGACCAAUGUCUGCUAUACCACCCGGAGGGAGAGGGCCGGCUUGAUGUAGCCACGCAUCUCGUGACUCUCAUUUUCAUGGCAGCCACGGCCUUCCUGCUCUUUUACAACAUCACCCACUUCAUUGUCUUUGGAUUCAGAACCGGAUUCGUCAUUGCAAUCAACUUCCCAAUGCUCUACAUCCUGGGGGCCAAAAAGACACCCCUGUCCUUCCUGGUAGGAUGGUCUUAUGACCAACUCAACAUCUUCCACCAGGUGGUUGGAAUGUGCUGUGUGUACGCGGCCGUCAUGCACGCGGCCGUAUUCGCCUACUACUUCAAUCCCAUGUACUUGAUCACCGAGUUCUGGUCGAUCAUGGGCAUCUUGGCCUUCGUGGCCUUCGUCGUCAUUGGUCUGACUAGUCGGCAAAAGUUCAGAGAAAACCAUUACGAAAUUUUCUACGUCGUGCAUCUGGUAGGCAUGCUCGCGUCACUGGUGGGCUUGUACUACCAUAUUCCGAUCGCCAAGCCCUUUGCUCUAGCUGCUGGAGCGUCCGUUGUCUACGAUAGAGUGGCCAGGGCUGCAGAUGGAUACAGAGUGGCUAGAGCAUACCUGGAACUUCACAGUGGAGACACCAUCGUUGUAAAGAUUCCCAAGAACCAGCCCAGGGAGCUGCUCGGCUCACUGAGCUACUACCCGUCCUCUUGGAACCCUCUGAAUGUCGGCAUCCUCAUCACAAACGGCCUCAUUCACACUCUCAACUUCUUCAUUGGCCUGUUCAACAGACAAACCAAGCUGAAAUGGCAUUCAGGGCAGCACAUGUUCAUCACUUUUCUGAGAUGUAGGCUUUUCGAGUCGCAUCCCUUUACCAUUUCGUCGAAUUAUGAUCACGAAGACAACCUCGAGUUCAUUAUCCGAGUACGAAAAGGGUUCACCAAGUCGCUCAAGGAAAAGCUGCUGGCCCAAAUGUCUGCCAACGGGCUGUCUGAAGCCGAUUCCCGAAAAAUCAGCUGGACCGUCAUUCUCCAUGGUCCCUACGGAGUCAAGCCUCUUGGUUUGUUUCAGCCGCCUGCCCCCCAGGAAAUUGCAGCAACCGAAAACAGCUGCCUUGUGCAGCAGCGCAAGAUUGUGCUUAUUGCCGGCGGAUCAGGCGUGGCCUUCACCUUCCCACUCAUGCUGCAGCUGGCGCACCAGAAACGGGAAGUCGAGUUUAUCUGGAUUGUUCCCGACCGCACUUUUGCCACAUGGGUCGAUCUCAGCCACCCGCGUGUGCAGAAUGCGUCUGUUUUGAUCCACGAGACCAAGACACAGGGCAGACCGGAUAUCACCGAAAUGGUGCAAUCGCGGCUCAAGGGAUCGUCGUCUUGCGAUUGGGUGUGUGUCUGUGGACCAGACAUGCUAUUGAGACAAGUGAGAAAUAAUGUAGCGGAGUUACGGGGCAAUGGCCAGAAUGUGGAGCUGUUUGCCGAGCGGUUUGGAUGGUAA